UUUUUUUUUGUUCAAUGGACAAACGCGUUCACGCUACUUCUGCUACAGACAUGAGCUCAGAAUAUCUCGAGAUCAAAAAACCAAAGACUUCAGAUGAAGUUCAGUUGACUGCCAAACAAAAAAAGAAGGCCACCAAGGCACGUAAACUUGGCAUGACAUUUGAGAUGCAAGAUAAUGAACUUGUUAUUCAUCCCAAACUAUUUUUUAAACAUUUCAAUGACUUUGCUUCCAUGAAAGAUGCACGUAACCUCAUGCUAACAGCCCUUUUGCCUAAAGGCAAACAAGCACGAUUAGCCGAGAUUCCUGACUUUCCAGGUGUAGCGCCUAUCCAAAAAGCCAUCAUUAUAGAUGUGCCUAUUCUUGAUCCGUACACAAUGCAUUUACCCCUGGAUAUCUUUCAGGUUUCCAAGGCAACCGUACCUGACAUUUAUCAACAACUCCAAUCCAGUGCUUUUUAUUCUUACAUUCAACAAGGCGAACAAGAAAAAGAAAUAUUAGGUCUAGUGAGUGCAGUGGGAUUUGACCAAUAUAAGCGAGUCCAUGAUCGAUUUUUAGAGUUAUUGGAAGUUCCUUUAUCUAAAGGAGAGAUAAAAAAGAAGCGUGAAGAAGAAGAUGCAGACCCUGAUCAUAAGAGAGCCAUCGCACCUGAGAUACUAGUCAUGUCAAAAGAGACACUUAAAAUGGAAGAUUUCCCUAUACCUUCAGUUUUAGAUCCCCAAAGUAGUUUAGAAGAAGGCUGGGUAGAUACUUUGCCUGAAACAGGAUUGGAACCCAAGACAUUAGUUGCUCUUGAUUGUGAAAUGUGUAAAACUGUCAAUGGUUAUGCAGUCACUAGAGUAGCCCUGAUUGACCGAGAACACAAGAUCUUGAUUAACGAACUUGUCAAACCUUCUGAAGAAAUCACAGACUACGUAACACAUAUCAGCGGUGUAGAUGAAGCAUCACUCAAGUAUAUUACAACCACAUUAAGUGACAUUCAACAAAAAAUCAUGAAAUUCGUGACGGGCGAUACAAUUCUUGUAGGUCAUGGUCUUGUCAAUGAUCUCAAAUGCCUCAAGAUGCGCCAUCCUUACAUCAUUGAUACUUCCAUCAUCUAUCAUCACAAAAAUGGUCCACCUUAUAAACCUUCUUUACGCGAUCUAUCUACUCGGUACCUGAAACGGACAAUUCAGGUACGUGAUCAAGAUAAAAAGCCAGGCGAAGAAAAGGGCCACGAUCCAUGCGAAGAUGCAAGUGCUAGUUUAGAACUCUUGGAGCGUAAGCUUCGAUAUGGUCUCAAUUAUGGCUUAGCAGGCCUAUCUCAGGUAGAGACCAUCUUGGAUUUCUUGGACAGAAGUCAUCAGACAGGUGCCGUCGUUGAAUGUGGAGCCAAUCUGAGCUAUUUGAUGAAACAAAAACUAGAGAAACAUAAGGGAUACUUUAGUUUAGAGAAUGACGAACAAGUGGCCCAAAAGGUAAUGGAGCAACAUGCCUUGAAGCAAUUAGUGGUUGCACGGUUCGAAUUACCCCAGCCAACAGAAGACACAAGACAAUCACAGUUCUUGAAUUUGUUUUCAAAGAUGUACGAAAGCAUGGAACCAAACACGGCGUAUUGCUUUACUACAGGUUAUAGAUCCAAUCAAGAAAGAGAAAGGUUAAGAGAAAAGCGGGUGGCAUAUAAAAAGAAACUAAAAGCAGUGGGUUUAGCUGAUAUUCCAUUAGAAGAACGUUGGAGUAUAGAAGAUGAACAUGCAUUAGAAACCAUUGCUGAUACCACUCGACGCGGUUUUAUUUUUGCUUCAGUCAAGAAUAAGCCUGCGUAAAUUAUGCAAAUAAAGGAAUUAACCAUUUUAAACAACAUGCCGUAAAUUGUCGUACAACGGGGGUACCACAAUGUAAUCAAAAGCGUCUCAUGCUGGUGCUUUAAAGGAUCAUCGUACGCGAAAUGAUACAAGCACAUAUGCAAGUGACUAUCGUUAAGUUACAGCAGAAGGAUCUCUUCCUAAGGAUGGCAAU